AGUAUGCCAUUGGAUGACAUGGGUCUCUCCUCCCACUGUAGGAUGAGAGAAAAAAAUAUCGCAUCCCCUCAACUAUCAAUCCAUUUUUCUAUUCCGUCUGUCAACAGUUCGAUCGGCGAGUGAAAAAGCUGUUUCCUUUUUCGAACAUUGCGAUAGCUUCUUCUUUCGUCGCGACAAGGUGGUUCUUGUUGGGGUUCGUCGCUGUUGGAGCUUUCGGCAUUCUUUUGAGAUUAACCAAGCUUCAAGAUAUGGGAUGCUUGGUGUCAACACCGGAGGAUAAUGGCGGUAAGAGAAGGACGCCACAAGACAUUGGAGAGGUCUCCGUCUACGUUCCGGGUCUCCGGAUUCCUAAACCAGUUGAUUUUUCUCACUCACUGGGUAGCAUUUUAUCGAGGAAUUUGGUGCAACUCCUGACUGCCCUUAGGACCCGUAUAGCCGUGCUGGCCGGUGAAGGAGCCCCUACAGUCAAGAGAUUGACGAGAAAAAGAGCCACUCAGCAUGGCGGCUCAACUUUGACUGAUCUGCAGCAGGCUCUGGAAGAUUACUUGCCUGUACUAUUGGGAUUGGUCAAAGAAGGAAACCAUCUGAUGCACGAAGUACACUUUGUUUGGGUUAAUCAGGAGGAUGAAGCUGAGGAAACCACAAUAUCUAAUGCUUGGUACGAGGUAUUGUCAGUUUUGCAUAUGAUGGCAAUGGCAUUGCUGUUGCAAGCUAACAUAAUGCUCCUUCCAAAGACAUCAGCCGAUGGCAUUCAGUCAAAAGUCGCAGAAGAAUGUAGGAGAGCAUCUGUCGAUGUUUUCCUAAAAGCAGCUGGGUUCUUGGACUAUGCAGUUCGGCAUGUUCUUCCGCAAUUCCCUGCUGAACUCAGGAGAGAGUUACCUGUAGACCUUCAAGAGGGAGUUCUUCAAGCACUUUGCCUCCAAGCACUGGGGCAGGCUGCUGAUAUUCAACUUGGGAUGGCUAUAGACAGCUCCAAAGCUACUCUGGCGGUGAAGCGUAGGCUCGCCUGCGAGAUAGUAAAAUACUGGCAGCAGGCUCAAGAGCAUCUUGUGAACUUUCCAUUAAUGAAUGGCUGGGGAGAAAAGCACCGUCAAUAUGUUAAAUGGAAGUACGUUGAAGCAAAGGCCGCAGCGUAUUAUUUCCAUGGUCUGAUACUCAAUGAGGGGAAGUCCCAUGGAAUGGCAGCAGCUGCUUUGCAGGUAGCGGUCGAGUCUCUCGAAGAAAGUAAGAAGCUCUCCGAGGCAUUCGACGCAACACCUCCUCUGUCAAGAAACCCACCGCUUUGGGGAGCCACAAAGUAUAUCUCCGAGAAAAUUCCGAAAGAUGCUUCCGUCAAAGUGCGGAUAAACAGAGAUUUGUACUCCCAAGAUAACAGGACCGCAGAGGGCGCACCGACCUUGCCCGAUUUUGCUUUGGCCUUAAAACCCGAUGAAUACCAACUCCCUUCAGUGCAUAGCUGUUGGAAUGAGGAGAAGAUAGACAGAAGCAGGCUGGAGGCCAACCAGCCCAAGGGCACAAGAUGAAGUGUUGCAUAAAAGACAGCUGCGGAACUCGGACACGGGGAAUAUACAGAAGCAAAGUGGAUCAUCCGAGGAGUUCACUCGGAUCCAAGGACGGGAAAUUUUUCUCGAUUUAAGUUUUGGUUUUCCUGUAUGUUUUUGGCUCCGUUUUCAUUACGGCCACGGCCAGCUCAAGAGAGAGAGAGGCCUUUGAAACUGUACAAGUAUCUGUGCGAG